AUGAAUAACGGUAAACAUCUAUUUCGUGACUUGUAUGAUGUUGAGGUAUCUUUGGAUAAAGACACUCUAUCUACGAAAAUCAUAGUACAAGAUAAUGUCGCACGUGGGUAUAAGGUUUUUAAUUCUAGGGAAGAAUUUUGGAAACAUAAUGAAAAUACUCCAGAACAUUUACGCUCCUUUUUGGAGACAGUCUUCCCUCAUUCGAAGCAACUUCUGAAGAUACUACUAAGUUUCUCUUCUUAUGCCAAGAUACCAAAGACUAGAAUAAUUAAGAUCCUCAGCAGUGUGGUCCGUGCAAUGCUAGAAGAAUUUCGUGCUAACUAUGGUGACAGAACUGGCGUACCUACUAGUCUUAGCGACCUUGUUGUAAUGGACGAAUGCGGGUGGCAUCCUCUCGGCUACUGGUCAUACAGUUUCCAUAUACAACCUACCUCCUUUUACGUCCCCAACUACAGCGAGGCGAAAAAUUUUGCUGACAAUGUACGAUUUCGCUUGCCUAGAUAUAUCUCCUACUUUUUUGAUCCCUGCUAUCUCGAUCCUAUACAUUGUGUUCGUAUUCUGGGCUCUACCUAUCUCAAACUGCACUUACACAAAAAAAUCUCUUCCUAUAGCCGCUACGUAGGUACAAGAACUGAUGUUCAUCGCAACGACCUCUUUGUUAACUGCUUUCCAUUUACCAAAAGUUUAGUCAGUGCGAUACUGUUACCAUAUCAAGCGAUAAAACCAAUUCGGGUCCCACUGGCUACUCCUAUCGUAGAGUUACCCGUGAAACAGAGAGAACCUACUGAGGUCACUGAUAAGAAUUAUGGCUCCUCUGUCAUUCCGACUAAGAAUACUUCUACUGUUUUGUUGGAUCAUAGUGAAUGCCCUAUUAGUGGUAUUAAUGGAUUAGUCCCGACAGUUAACGAAGAACAUGAAUCCUACAAAUACAUAAAUGAUCAUAAGGUCCACCUUACGGGUAUUCCGAAUAAAUGCCCCUGUACCGUAAAAUUUUUCAGAGAUACGGUGGUGAUCAAAAUUAUUUGGAAUGACGAAUGUGUGAAAAUGACCAUACUAGGUAGUUAUUUGUACGUUUUUUACGUAAUUUGCCUCUUUCUUUUUCCAAAAAAAUAUGCUCACCACUGUACACUGCGUGACCCCUCUUCAUGUGAAAUGACAUACUAUAUGAGUGUACCAGAUACUGUUAUCCCUGUCCUGACGUUAUUGCACCAUAGUCCCCCUGAUCGGAGUACACAAUCAAUGCAUCAUCGUCAGAUACUAUUGGACCUCAUUGCCGAUACGGUGACUGAAGAAGGAAGUGUAAAAAACUAUGCUCUGAUCGAGUACGCAAUGACUAUCAACUAUUGGGUGACGAAUGUUUUCAUGCCGCUCCAACGAAAGCAAGGCAGUGAUCUCGUAAACACACUAGUGGUAAAAAAUGAGGGUCUACCGAACGUGCGCAAUGUUACGACUAAACACCAUAAAGUACAUGACAAAAUAGUAAGCUGCUGCACUCGAGUUACGAGGAUGAUGUGCGAUGCCAAUCAGAAACUGGGCUUCAUUCGUUUAGGCAGUUUAGACAGAAUAAUUUCCCAUUGCGAACUAAUACCCGGAGAGCAAUUCACUGGACGUUCCGAACAAACAAACGAUCCUCUACUAUGGAAUACUAUAUUCCUCCCUUCCUAA